AUGGCUCGAUACCCUUCAUUGCCCAUCCAACAGUCCCGGCCGGUGCACUCCACCCCGCCGGCGCACCUGAACCACGCCUCGCCUGCUGAUGCCAACUACGAUACCGCCAACCCGUCAUACAUCCGCAAGUACCUGCGCACAUACGGACUCACGCCUCCUCGCGCGGAGGGCUACGAAACUCAGAAGACCCGCUGCCUCGCCCAAUUGGGUCUGAAGAACACCCCCAUCGAGAAAUUCCUCUACCUCAGCACCCUGCGCAAGAACAAUGUGCACCUGUUCUACCGUCUGGUGACUGACCACCUCAGGGAGAUGACUCCCCUCAUCUAUACCCCAGUUGUCGGCGAAGCUUGCCAACGUUGGUCCGAGAUCUACCAGCAGCCAGAGGGCAUGUACCUUAGCUGGGAAGAUCGCGGCAAUCUGGCCUCGGUCAUCGCCAAUUGGCCCCAGCCCUCCGUCGAGAUCACAUGUAUCACCGACGGUUCUCGUAUUCUCGGCCUGGGUGACCUGGGCAUCAACGGCAUGGGUAUUCCCAUCGGAAAGUUGGCCCUCUAUACCGCGUGUGCCGGUAUUCGUCCCGAGGCUACUCUGCCUCUGACCCUCGACUUGGGUACCAGCAACAAGGCCCUCCGGGAAGACCCGUUGUACAUGGGUAGCCGUCGUGACAAGAUCUCCCCCGAGGAGGAGCGGGAGUUCUUGGAUGAGCUCAUGACCGCUCUCACUGAGCGCUGGCCCGGUAUCGUCAUCCAGUUCGAGGAUUUCAAGAACCCCUUCCCCGCCCUGGAGCGCUACCGCGACAGCUUCACCUGCUUCAACGAUGACAUCCAGGGUACUGGUGCCGUCAUCCUGGGUGGUGUCAUCAACGCCGUCAAGCGUUCCGGUCUCCCCUGCAAGGACCACCGCGCCGUCUUCUUCGGUGCCGGCAGCGCCGGUGUCGGUGUCGCCCGCCAGAUCGUCGAGUUCUUCAUGCGCGAGGGCAUGACCGAGGAUGAGGCCCGCAACUGCUUCUACCUCGUCGACACCAAGGGUCUCGUGACCGCGGACCGCGGUGACAAGCUCGCCGACCACAAGGUCUACUUCGCCCGCCGCGACAACGAGGGCGCCCAGUUCAAGACCCUCGAGGAGGUCGUCGACCACGUCAAGCCCUCCAUCCUGAUGGGUCUCUCCACCAUGGGUGGUGUCUUCACCCCCGAGAUCCUCCGCAAGAUGGCCGACUGGAACACCGCUCCUCUGAUCUUCCCCCUCUCCAACCCCUCCCACAAGUCCGAGUGUGACUUCGAGACCGCCAUCAAGAACACCGACGGCCGCUGCCUCUUCGCCUCCGGCUCCCCCUUCCCCAACUGCACCUUCACCAACUCCGCCGGCGAGACCCGCACCUACUACCCCGGCCAGGGUAACAACAUGUACGUCUUCCCCGGUAUCGGUCUCGGCAGCAUCCUGUCCAAGGCCGUCCGCGUCACCGACAGCAUGAUCUACGCCUCCGGCGAGUCUCUCUCCUCCGCCCUGACCGGCGAGGAGCUCGAGCGCAACCUUCUCUACCCGGACAUCACUCGCAUUCGCGAGGUCUCCAUCGUCGUCACCCGCAAGGUCAUCCGCGCCGCCCAAGAAGACAAGGUUGAUCGCGAGAUCGCCCUCCGCUCUCUCUCCGACGUCGAGCUCGACAACUGGAUCCGUGCCCGCAUGUACGAUCCCCACACCGAGGUUCGCGCUCUCGAGCGUGAGGUUGGCCACCUCCUGUCCAGCCUGGGCACUGUCUCCCCCCCUCUGACUGUCAACGGCUCUCCCACUGAGGAGAAGAACGGUGCCAAGUUGUAA